AUGGAGACCCAAACCGAGCAAUUUCCGGCGACCCCAUCUCAAGCAAAGAGCUAUUCGACCCCGGCAAAAACCCACCGCCAGCCGAGUUCAGUAUCGAAGGUCCGAGUCGUUCUAAAGCUCCGGCCUUUUCUCCCUCAAGAAGCCUCGUCGGAAAACGGAAACCCGAGAUCAUGUGUAUCCGUUCAGGGAUCCGAGCCUUCAGCUGAUGAAAUCACUGUUGUCCUCAAAGAUCACGGAACCAGUCGAAAAGAGUGCUACCAAUUGGAUGCGGUUUUCGGUGAGGAAGACGACAAUGUGAGCCGGAUUUUCGAGAAAGAAGUUAAGCCUUUAGUUCCAGGACUAUUUCAGGGCUAUAAUGCUACUGUGUUCGCUUAUGGGGCCACUGGAAGUGGAAAAACUUACACUAUGCAGCAGGGGGCAGAUAAGGUACCUGGACUAAUGUCACUUUCCAUGUCAAACAUCUUGUCGUGCAAUUCUUCCACGGGCAGUAGUGCUGUUUCGAUUUCUUACUUUGAGAUCUACCUCGACAAGUGUUACGAUUUAUUGGAUCCUAAAGAAAAGGAAAUCCUCGUAUGGAACGAUAAAGACGGGCAGAUCCACCUUAAGGGAUUGGCUCAAGUCGAAGUGAGAUCGUUGGCCGAAUUUCACGACAUAUUCUCUUCUGCGGUUCAAAGACGAAAGGUCGCGAAUACGAGCCUCAAUGACGUGUCGAGCAGAAGCCAUGGGGUGCUUACAAUUACCGUUUUAUCCACAUCACAACAUGAUAAUAUUGACAAAGCUGUCACUGGAAAGCUUAACCUCAUCGAUUUAGCAGGAAAUGAGGACAAUAGGAGGACAUGCAAUGAGGGAAUCCGACUUCAAGAAAGUGCCAAGAUUAACCAAUCUCUGUUUGCACUGUCAAAUGUGAUAUACGCACUUAACAACGGCCAGCCGAGAGUGCCGUACAGAGAUAGUAAGUUGACGCGAAUACUACAGGACUCUCUUGGUGGGACAAGCCGAGCUCUUAUGGUCGCCUGUUUGAAUCCGGGGGAGUAUCAAGAAUCUGUUCAUACUGUUAGCUUGGCAGCUAGGUCUCGCCAUGUUUCUAAUUUCGUUGGCCAGACUCAAAACAAUGCAAACUCGAAUAUGAAGGUUGAUAUGGAGGCAAAGCUUCUUGCUUGGCUCGAAUCGAAAGGCAAAACAAAAGGUUCUUCUCAACAAAGAAUGGGCCUUUGCCACUCUCCGUUUUGUGGGAGGACUCCAAGUUCGGUUAAACCUAUCAGGAAAUUGAACACAAAUCUGUGCUCUAAUGAAGCUAAAGUUGUUAGAGGCCAAGGUCUUCUCGAUUCAGAACAAAGGAGUUCAUGUAAAGCGAGCAGAAACAUAUUUCAUGGUCUGAGGAGUACUGCAGAUCAUAGCCACGAGGCUCAAGAACUUUGUCCAACUGAAAUAAGUAUUGCAAAACUCGAUAUACCGGUUAACGAAGUUGCAGCCUAUUUGAAUCCCGACUUACACUAUGCAACGUCAUUUGAUGAGAAGGAAGCAAAGGACUGUGAAUCUGUUGAUGGCAUUAGCCUCUCACCUCUGAAGCAGAAUAUUAAAACUACCCUCGUCCAAGAUUAUAUCGAAUUUUUGAACACAGCAGACCGGGAGGAGCUAAUGAAGCUAAGGGUAAUGAAUGUUGUGCCUGUUUUUGGUAUCGGUCAGAGGUUAGCCGAGUACAUUAUCGAGCUAAGGGAAGCGAGCCCUCUGAAAUCUGCGCACAAUAUGUUUGGAAAAGCUGCAAAUGGACUACUUGAAAAACUCGUAUACAACGCCUAG